AAAAAACGAAGCAGAAGGGACGUUUCUGAUUUCUAGUGUGAUUAGAUAAACUGAAUACAUUGUCAAAUGAUAAUUAAUGUGGAAGAAAUGCAUGUUCUAAAUCAUUGAUGGAGAUUAAGGAUGUACUUGCAUUAUCGGCAUCAAUUUGUACAGUUUUACAGUUUCUAGCUGGCGUAUUGGUAUGCAAGAAAUAUAUUAGAAAUGGUACAACUGGGGAUAGCUCGGGAUUGGCCUUUGUGACGUGUUUCAUGUCUUGUAGUCUGUGGCUAAGAUAUGGAAUACUUAUUGGAGAUUCAUUCAUUAUAUCUGUAAAUAUAUUUGGAACAAUAUUACAAAUAUGUUAUGUAUUAAUUCAUAUUUUAUACAACGUAAAAAGAUCAACUACUAUUAAGCAGUUUACAGUAGCGAUUUGUUUGGUUUUGCUUGUAUAUCUGUACAGUAUUUAUCAAAGUGACAAAGUUUUAGCUGAGAGAUAUGUAGGAUUUCUUAGUUGCAGUUUGACUAUAUUAUUCUUUGCAUCGCCAUUGAUAUCACUUGCACAUGUGAUAAGAAUGAAAAGCACAGAAAGUUUACCAUUUCCAGUCAUAAUGGCCUCCAUGAUAGUAUCCUGCCAGUGGUUCGCAUAUGGAUGUCUGCUCAGUGACCAAUUUAUACAAAUACCAAAUUUUAUGGGUUGUAUUUUGUCAGCUUUUCAACUUUCUUUGUUCUUGAUUUACCCAAACAAACGAGCAGAUCAAGCUUAUUUUAUAUGAGAAGAUUAAUAAUAUAUUUUGCUCUAUGGAUUAA